GGUCCCUACAUCCUUAAAUAACUGCAAAUACUUGGUAGUGUCCUUGUGACUAUUACAUAUAGUACUUUGAAGCCAGACUGAAUUUGAUAGAGAAAAUAAACAGAUGUCAAACUUCUUGCAUCUUAAAUAUGAGAAAUCUGUUUCUGUUACAAAAGCCCUUACAGUGAGGUUUCUUACUAAGCGAUUCAUUGGAGAAUAUGCUUCUAAUUUUGAAUCUAUCUAUAACAAGCACUUGUGUUUGGAAAGGAAACAACUAAAUCUGGAAAUAUAUGACCCUUGUUCUCAAACACAGAAAGCAAAAUUCUCCCUCACAAGUGAGCUUCACUGGGCAGAUGGGUUUGUUAUUGUGUAUGACAUCAGUGAUAGGUCUUCAUUUGCUUUCGCGAAAGCACUGAUCUACAGAAUCCGGGAGCCACAGACUAGUCAUUGUAAAAGAGCUGUGGAAUCAGCAAUGUUUUUGGUUGGCAACAAACGAGAUCUUUGUCAUGUGCGAGAGGUUGGCUGGGAAGAAGGGCAAAAGCUGGCACUGGAUAACCGAUGCCAAUUCUGUGAGCUGUCUGCAGCAGAGCAGUCUCUGGAGGUGGAAAUGAUGUUUAUCAGAAUUAUCAAGGACAUCCUGAUAAACUUCAAACUCAAAGAAAAGAGACGACCCAGUGGAUCUAAAUCAAUGGCCAAAUUGAUCAAUAAUGUAUUUGGAAAGAGAAGGAAAUCUGUUUAGUAGACA